AUGAGUAGGGACCAGGAGGACAUUCACCGUGAGGAAAGCAGUCGCGAUCGGAGUACCACGCCUGCAGCUACGUCAACGCCUGCGGCUUUGGCGGAACGAGGGGAGACUGAUUGUCGCCCGCCAUCGAAGGAAGACGACGAGGAGGAACAACGUCGUCGUCGUCGUCGACGCCACCGUUCGCCGUCUGCUUCCUCGUCCGUCCACCGCAGAGAUCAACGGCAGCGGAAACGAUCCACUACGCGACACCGUCGCUCCGAUUCCGUUUCUUCGCACGAUUCUCGACAACGGACCAAACGGCAUCGGAAGAAAUCCAGACGUCGGUCCGAUUCCGCCGAGGAGACGAAUCGCAGUCGGAGUAGGUCGAGUGAACCCCACCGCCAUCGCGACUCCCGUACGACUUCCUCCAAACACCGCCAUCGGAAGCAUCGCAAACAUCACGGUGAUCGCGACUCGGAGUCGUCGUCUGCGGAGGACGAAUCCAGAUACCGCGACGAGCGGCGCCGAAGCCGUAAUCACGAAUCGAAAAAGAAAUCCAAGUCCUCCACCCAAAAGCGCAAACACAAGCACCGGAGGGAUCACAAGGACGACCACGAGGGUAAUGAUGACUCGACUGGUCUGCCCGUCUUUGGAAAAUACGGACUCCUCAAACCCUCCGAUUUGCACAAAAUGAAACGGUCCUUUGACGUUUGGAUGGCCGAAGUGCAGGGCAUUCCGGCCUUCAACGGUCCCAAAUGGGAACUCCAGCAGUACUUUGCCACCUACGUCGAAGACUACAACACAGCCACCCUGCCACAUAAAAAAUACUAUGAUUACGAUAAGUGGGAAAUCGACGACAAGAGCAAUUACACUUGUCCAGCCUUGGGGGUGCAGCCUCGGCAAGGGCGGACCAGCGACAACACGAACUGGAACAACAGCAACGUACCCAGCGCAAGCGUCAACAAGACAUCGAGCUCACCAAGACGCUCAUGA